CGAGGCGCAGUGCAUAGUGCAGCGUCCCUGUGUCCUGAUAGUUAAGGUGGAGCUUUCUGCCACAUCACAUCUAUUUGCUGCACAUCACAUCUAUUUUACAACGCGCAGUGCUGAGGCUGUUCUACUGGAAAGAGCGAGCUGGCAGCAGCAGAAAGCGGCUGAACAACAACGGAAGCGAGAGGGUUUUUUGCAUCUCAGGACAAUUUCAUCCUACUUUAGAGGUGUCGAGGAACAUGUAUUCAACGCGCAGGUUUAAAGAAAAAAACAUCUGAUAAUUUAAGUUCUUCGCUGCAGCAACUUUUCAGUCGUCGGAAGAUUUGUUUUCUUUGUUUUAACUAAGAAUUCAUAAAGAUAGUUUUGAAAUAUUGAGAAAUGUCUCGCAAGAAAGCUGCCAAAGGCAAACCCGCGACCAGCAGCCCGUCUGCGGGCAGCCCCACCGGGAAAGGGAGCGGGAAAGCUGCAAGGGGCAGCCCGGGCAUUGUUCAGAUGAACGGCGUGGUCCAUCCCAGCAGACCUUCCAUCAGCAAUAGCAGCGAGUUUUAUGACAUCGCUUUUAAGGUGAUGCUGGUUGGAGACUCUGGUGUGGGGAAAACAUGUCUACUGGUCCGUUUUAAAGACGGAGCUUUUCUGGCUGGCAGCUUCAUCUCAACUGUGGGCAUUGAUUUUAGGAAUAAAGUCCUGAACAUUGAUGGAGUCAAGGUGAAGCUCCAGAUCUGGGACACAGCUGGACAGGAGCGGUUCCGCAGUGUCACUCAUGCCUACUACCGUGACGCCCAUGCUUUGCUUCUGCUGUACGACGUCACCAACAAAACAUCCUUCGACAACAUACAGGCAUGGUUGACUGAGAUCCAUGAGUACGCCCAACAGGAUGUGGUGCUCAUGCUGCUUGGAAACAAGGCUGAUGCCACUCAUGAGAGGGUGGUGAAGAGAGAAGAUGGCGAGAGGCUUGCAAAGGAGUUCGGAGUUCCCUUCAUGGAGACCAGCGCCAGGUCAGGUCUCAACGUAGAGCUGGCUUUCACCGCUGUGGCUAAGGAGCUGAAGCACCGGUCUAUGAAGGAUCCCUGUGAGAAGUUUAAGCUCCAGGAGUAUGUAAACAAGGAGAUGAAAAGCACAGGCUGCUGCAGAACUUAAAGCCUGCCUCUCUCCCUGUGUGUGUGUGUGUGUGUGUGUGUGUGUG